CUUCCGGCUUCCGCCGAGGUUCCUCUUCCUGCCGGCGUUCGGAGCCUCUUCCCCGUAACCCCUCGUCGCCGGAGUUCUGGGCCCGGUGCUCGCCAUGGCCGCCCCCGACUUGUCCACAAACCUCCAGGAAGAGGCCACCUGCGCCAUCUGCCUCGACUACUUCACUGACCCGGUGAUGACCGACUGCGGCCACAACUUCUGCCGCGAAUGCAUCGGGCGCUGCUGGGGCCAGCCCGAGGGCCCCUACGCGUGCCCCGAGUGUCGCGAGCUGUCCCCGCAGAGCAACCUGCGUCCCAACCGCCCGCUGGCCAAGAUGGCCGAGAUGGCGCGGCGCCUACAUCCGCCGUCACCGGUCCCGCAGGGCGUGUGCGCCGCGCACCGCGAGCCGCUGGCCGCCUUCUGUGCGGACGAGUUGCGUCUGCUGUGCGGCACCUGCGAGCGCGCAGGCGAGCACUGGGCCCACCGCGUGCGGCCGCUGCAGGACGCGGCCGAAGAGCUCAAGGGAAGGCUAGAGAAGUCACUGGAGCACCUGCGGAGACAAAUGGAGGAUGCACUGCUGUUCCAAGCCCAGGCUGAGGAGACCUGCGCCUUGUGGCAGAAGAUGGUGGAGAGCCAACGGCAGAACAUGCUUGGCGAGUUUGAGCGUCUGCGUCGCCUGCUGGUUGAGGAAGAGCAGCGAUUGCUGCAAAGGCUGGAGGAGGAGGAGCUGGAGGUGCUGCCCAGACUGCGGGAGGGCGCUGUGCGCCUUGGCCAGCAGAGUGUCCAGCUGGCUACACUCAUCACUGAGCUGGAGGGCCGUUGCCAGCUGCCUGCACUGGGGCUGCUACAAGACAUUAAAGAUGCCUUGCACAGGUACGAGCCACUGUCCCUCCCUCAGGCAGGCAGGCAGGGGUUGGGGGGAGCUGCAGUCACCAAGGUGAAGCCAAGCUGUCCCUAUAGGAUCCAGGAUGUGAAGCUGCAGCCCCCGGAGGUGGUGCCCAUGGAGCUGAGGACCGUGUGCAGGGUGCCAGGGCUGGUGGAGACGCUGCAGAGGUUUCGAGGUGAUGUGACCCUGGACCCGGACACUGCCAAUCCCGAGCUGGUACUCUCUGAGGACAGGAGGAGUGUGCAGCGAGGUGAUCUGCGGCAGGCUGUGCCUGACAUCCCUGAGCGCUUUGACCCUGGACCCUGUGUGCUGGGCCAGGAGCGCUUCACCUCAGGCCGCCACUACUGGGAGGUAGAGGUUGGGGAACGCAGCAGCUGGGCCCUAGGCGUGUGCAGGGACAAUGUCAACCGGAAGGAGAAGGGCGAGCUGUCGGCUGGCAACGGCUUCUGGAUACUGGUGUUCUUGGGCAGCUACUACUCCUCCACCAAGCGGGCCUUCUCCCCAAUGCGGGACCCUCCAAAGCGUGUGGGCAUCUUCCUGGACUAUGAGGCUGGACACCUCUCUUUCUAUAGUGUGACGGAUGGAUCGCUGCUGUUCAUCUUCCCUGAGACCACCUUCUCUGGCACCCUGCGGCCCCUCUUCUCACCCCUGUCAAGCAGUCUGACCCCUCUGACCAUCUGCCAGCUAAAAGGCAGGUCUGGGGACACCUUGGUUUCCCAGUGACUCUUAGGAGUCCCUUUGCCUCUGCUGGCCUGGGCUCUGCUUUUGGAUCUGUUCAUUUAAGGCCUUUGGAGGAGGGAACAUAUCCUUUGAAAGAUGGGAGGAACACAGUGCUUUUCUGAACGUGAUUGGGAAAACCAAAUUUGAGGUGACUAUAUGUAAGUGUGGCACCAGCAGCCUUCAUCCAAGCACAGAGCCCUGGGAUUCAGAGCCUGCCCAAGCUGCCAUGUCACAGGAUCUUCAGGCUGCAACCAGGCCUCCCACCCCCAUGUACUGCACCUUGGUGAACACUGGGGAGGAGCAGGGUUUGGUUCCAUAGAUAAGAGUGCUGAUGGAAGAUGUCACUGCCCUGAAAGUGGUCACUGCAGAAGAGGGCAGACAGCACUCAGUAUUUAAGGGAGAUGAGCUGGGGUGGGAUUAGCAAGGGGGAACUAUGUAUAGGCAUCUGUGAAACCGAACUCUGGCAGAGACUACCUGAACACAUGUGGGAGAGGAGUGGGAGAGACAUUGAAAUGUGUACAACUAUGAAGCCUUUCGGGACAUCUCAGGCUGACUUGGCCUCCUCUAAGGACUCCACGUGUGCCCCAUCUGCUUUGUAGAAGGGUGGGGCAGAGAGCCCAAGCCUACAGAAUCCAGGAACUGCUGUAGUGUGUGGAUUGAGGAUUUAAUUCCUCUACUUUAUUUAUUGUAAGAACAGCAUUUCCCUAAAUAAAAGUUGUUACCUCCA